UUCCUAAGCACGAGAGGGGUAACAGGGAGGGACUUUAAUAUAAAAGGCAAUAAUAGGCGUCAACGAUCAAGCCAACAAUCAGUUUCAAUUUCUUAUUGUUUAGGUACGGUAAUUGCAAAAUAAUUUUGAAUCAAAAAAUGGCUUUUAUACAAUUUUUGGCUGUAUCUAUUUGUAUCGUCUUCGCUUAUGCAUUUCCUGAAAGGUACGAAAGAGGUUUUGCUAACUCAGAGUACUACCAACCAAACCCGAUUAGUCAAAUCCCUAUAUUGCAUAUGGAAAAUAAAAAUAAUGGAGAUGGCGCUUACCAAUUUGCUUACGAAACUGGAAACAAGAUUGCUCAGCAGGAAUCUGGAGAUGGUCAAAAAGCAAAAGGUUCUUACGCAUAUGUAGCUCCAGAUGGUCAACAAGUCUCUAUGUCCUAUGUGGCUGAUGCUACUGGCUUUCACCCACAUGGUUCCCAUAUGCCAGUAGCUCCACCAAUGCCAGAACUCAUCAAACGUGCUGUGGAACAAAACCUGGCUGACGAAGCUAGAGGAAUUAUUGAUGAUGGUCAAUAUCGCGAAACGCAAGCUCAUUUGCCUGCACCUGCUUUACCGGUACAAUACAGGGUUUAAGGUUAUGUGAUAUAUUUUGAUGACUUUGUGGCCUUUAAUGUUGUAGAUAUAAUAUGGGUGUAUUAAGGAUUAUGUUUCUAUUAUAUAGAUAUUUAUAUGUACUCUGAUAUAACAAUUUCAACUAAAUAAAAUAUUUUAAAAACG